AUUGAACAACCAUUGUAAACCACUCAUGUGAGCUCUCUCUCACUCUCAGUUUCAUUACACUUACACACUCACUCCUCGUCCUCGGUCGGGACUCUUAUAUUUUCUCUCUUUAUCAAAAGCUAUAUGGCAAGCACUACUACUACUGCUUCCUCUACACUGCCAUUGUCAAAACCAGAUUUUCCAGUUCUGUCUUCUCCAAGAAACAAGAAGCUGAUUGUAUGCAGAACCCAUCUCCAACAAUAUCCAACUCUUCGCAGAAUUUCUAAUCUUCAUCGGUUUAAUUCAAAUGGGUUUGUGGCAUUUUCUCGUUUGAAUGAUCAGAUUGAAGAGAAUGGCCUUUCCACUCAGGACAUGGUAUCGAACAAUGACCCCGGGAUUGAAGUUCAAAGCCGCAUAUGGAACUGGAGGGGUUAUUCUAUUCGCUAUCAGUAUUCUGGGAACAGUGGCCCUGCGUUAGUUUUAGUUCAUGGUUUUGGAGCAAACAGUGAUCAUUGGAGGAAAAAUAUUCCUGUUCUGGCAAAAUCACAUAGGGUAUACUCAAUUGAUCUUAUUGGUUAUGGAUAUUCGGAUAAACCAAAUCCUCGUCAAUUUGGAGACAACCUCUUCUAUACAUUUGAAACAUGGGCCACCCAACUAAAUGAGUUUUGCAUAGAUGUGAUUAAGGAUGAAGCAUUCUUUAUUUGCAAUUCCAUUGGAGGCAACCAGAAGGAUCAUCUUCUUGACCUGUGGCUUGUUGGUCUUCAGGCAGCAGUUAUGGCACCACAGAUCUGCAAAGGCAUUAUCCUUUUAAACAUAUCUCUUCGUAUGCUUCAUAUUAAGAAGCAGCCCUGGUUUGGAAAACCUUUAAUUAGAUCAUUCCAGAAUUUGCUGAGGAAUACUGCUCUGGGCAAAUAUUUCUACAAAAGUGUUGCCACACCAGACUCUGUGAGGAGUAUUCUUUGCCAGUGUUACCAUGACACCUCCCAAGUGACAGAGGAACUAGUUCAGAAAAUACUUAAUCCAGGACUAGAACCUGGUGCUGCUGAUGUGUUUCUUGAGUUUAUUUGCUACUCGGCUGGCCCUCUUCCUGAGGAACUUCUGCCUCAAGUAAAGUGUCCUAUUUUAAUAGCAUGGGGUGACAAGGAUCCAUGGGAACCCCUUGAGCUUGGAAGAAACUAUGAGAAUUUUGAUUCUGUUGAAGACUUCAUUGUCCUCCCCAAUGUUGGGCACUGCCCCCAGGAUGAAGCACCUCACCUUGUGAAUCCACUUGUCGAGUCAUUUGUUGCACGCCAUGCUACACCAUCAACAUCAACUAGUGUCUCCACAACUAUCUGAUCCAGUGGCAUCUCAGGUUGUUGCUGUUCCUUCUUAGUGCGUCUCAAAAAAUUUUAUGGCCUAUCCUUUCCCAAAGGCAGUACUGCUGGUCGUCAAGUUCCACAUUAAUUCACUUUUGAACUACAGUCUACAGUCAUGUUCAAACGUGGGGUUACAGCACUUCUUGAUUUGAUGCAUGAAAUUUGUGGCAUUUCAUUCAUCCAAACUUUUAAAAUGCUUUGGCUCGGACCACAUUUGUUAUAUAUCUUCAAAUUCUAAACCUUCCUAGACUAUCUGUAAUUAUAUGUCUAAGUUUUGUAUAAGCACACUUGUUUAUAGUUAAAUGCAUCAAAUUUACUGGUUGGUUUGGUUUA